AGCUUAAUGCAGAUUCAGAUAAUCCUAAUGUAAAGGAUGAUGCUGGUCUGGCGAGCUCUGAAUUAAACAAUAAGAUCAAACCGGAAAAACAACGAAUGGCAUUCUUUGACUGUCUCCGGAGGGGCAAGGUGGAGUCAGUGCCGACUCCCCUGCUUAAAGCAGAUCCAGCUAUCCCUGAUGUUAGGGAAGUUGUUGAUCUUGCAUCACAGUCAAAGACCUACGUUGGUCCGAAGAAACAGAAAGAAAAGGCUUCAAAGAGCCGCAAAUCUAACCUCCAGGGAGAAAAAGUGACUGUUGUGCCAACUCAACAGCCCAAGGCUAUUUCAGAUAUUCCUGUUGGCAUGGAUGUUCCUGCUCUGGCCGGCCCCCAAUCAAAACCAAAGAUUCGUCCGGAUAAAUGCAUGACAUUGACGCAACGCUUCUUUGGAUGCUUCCGGAGGGGCAAAGUGGAGUCGAUGCCGACUUCACAGAUUGAGGCCGAUCCAGCUAUCCCUGAUGCCAGGGAAGUUGUUGAUCUGGCAGAUUUUCAAUCGAAGAGUGUUGGCUUAAAGAAACAAAAACAAAAGGCUUCAAAGAGCCGCUCAUUUCACAACCCUUGGAGUAAAAAAGGGAAGAGUAAAGUGAAAAAAGAUGCCGAUCCAGCUAUUCCUGAUGCCAUGGAUGGUGCGGAUCUGGCCAGUUUUGGUGGCAUCGCUGCAGCCAAUGCCAGGCUACAGACGUUAGGUGCCAUUCCAGAGAAUAUUGGGUUAAAAGGUGGUGGAAAUCCUGACCCAAAUAAAGCAAAAAAUCCUGGGUCAAAAGAUGUUGGAAGUCCUGAGGCAAAAGGUGGUAAAAAUCCCAGGCCAAAAGCUCUUAAAGCUCUAGAAAAUCCCAGACAUCCCUUGCCAGAAGAUUUUGAGGAUCCUAUCCCAGCGAGAUUUAAAACUCGCAGACGAAAAUUUGUUGGAAAACCCGCAAUAGGUUGGAUUCGUAACCCAACUAAAUUUAAAAUUACCCCCCCAAAAGUCCUUGAAAAUCCCAGAGAACCCUCGCCAGAAGAUGAUAAAGUUGUCAGGCCAAAAGUUAUAGAUGUUGUUCAACAAGCUUUUGAACCGCCAAGCGAGAAGAAACGAGUUAAUCGCUCAUUGCUUAGAGAGCCCUUUGAUUCUGAAUAUCAACUUUUGUAUCAAGUGCUUGGGGAAGGGUGCGGUGGCAGAGUGUACAAAGGGAUCCGUAUAUCGGAUGACACUCCGGUUGCCAUCAAGCAAAUAAACAAACGAAAGUAUGAAAGCACUCUUCAGAUUCCUGGAUACCCCAAACCACUUAUAACAGAAGUGGCGCUGCUGCUUAAGUUAGGAGAAGCGCCCUCAUGCCCCAAUGUCAUACAGAUGUAUGACUGGUACGAGACUAAACACUUUUACACGCUCGUGUUGGAGUACCCACUGCACAGCGUAUCCUUGUGGGAUUUUGUUACAAAUCAUAAAGGACUUAGUGAAAAUACAGCAAGACAUCUCAUGCGUCAGGCGGUACUGGCAGUACAACACUGUCUGGAUAAUGGAGUUUUUCACACCGACCUCCAUGCCAAGAACUUCUUGGUGCAGCAAUCAACAAUGAGCCUGAAGUUAAUUGACUUUGGGGCUGGACAUUAUCUGACGCAUGAGGAAUAUAAGACCUUCGACUUUAUAGGAGCUCCAUGUUGCAGCCCGCCUGAGAUCUACACGACUAAGAAAUACCACGCCGUGCCAGCAAACGUCUGGGCCUUAGGUUCUGUGCUGUACUUCAUGGUGCAUGGAGAUUACUCUAAUUUAAAGAACUUUUAUUCCGGGAAUCUGCAGACAACUGAGAAGGAUUUAUCAAAGGAAAUCUAUGAUCUGUUAAGAUGGUGCCUGGCCCUGAAUCCAAGUGAUCGUCCGACGCUCAAGGAGAUCUUAGAUCAUGACUGGUUUAAAACUGAGUCUGACGAAGAAGAGCUACUCGUAUACAAAAUGAGCACACUAUCCACGGAAAAGUAAGAAGCUGAAUGACUGAAGGAGAGGGAAAUGAUUAAAGAUGCUGUUUUCAUCAUCCUGAGACUUUCUACAACCAGAAACCAUUACAAGAGAGACGAGACAUUAUUUAAAACAGGAAUUUCUCAGGAGUUACACAUUUUUAGGAACUUUCUGCAUAAUGUUGUAUUUCAGACUUCAUGAACACAGACCGCUGGCUGAACGUCUGAUGCAGAUCCUGUCUCAUCCUUGAACACAUUAAAAAAUUUUUUUUUAAUUCUUAAUGUUUUUAUUUUUUAAAGUUGUAAAAUAAAGUAUCUAAUAUAUAGUAAGUUCUCUAUAGAAUCAGCUAUGUCUGGCUCUCUCGAGGGUUUUUUUCUCCUA